AUGUCUACCCUUAGUACCAAAUACGUGCCGCAUAAGCUACGGCCUGAAAACAUUAUUGAUUCUUCGACAAGACAAGCGACCUUUCCUUCCAAUCAAGAACAUUUAAAAACAGCUCUCUAUGCAAGCUCGGUCUGUAUCGGAGAGCCUGAAAGAACAAAAUCCUCCUAUGACACGACUAAAGGAGAUGAUUUUGAUAAAGUCGGAACCAUGCUUUUGGAAACAGCAAUGGAUAGAAAAUUGCAAAUUGAUAAGGAAAGAGAAAAUACAGACAAAUAUUUGCAUGAUUUGAGGGGAGUGCAUUUUGAAGUGGGCUAUGACGAUCGUAAAACAUAUUUAAAGUCACACAAACAAGAGAGUUAUCAACGUCCUUCGGAAGAGCUAUUUGCCCAGAAUAAGAAAGAUAUUGUAUCAAGCGGAGAAGGUUAUAACAGAGGAAUGUCAUCCAUUAUCAGACACAUUCCAGAAGAUUGGAAACAAUGCUUAACAACAAUUGCUAGAAACGACUACAUCUCUCCAGAAGCACAAAUGUCAAAAAAUAAGGAGCUUGGAAAAGAGGAAAUUCCUAGAAGUAGACCAACGAUGGAAAAAUCAACUGUUAUUGCCGGCUCUUCCCUAAAACAAGAAUCUACAACCACGAUUACUGACAUUAAAAACGAGGUUGCAAAAGAGGCACAACGAAUUAUCGAAGACAUGAGAAAGUGUCACUACACAUCAAAUCAUGACCAACCUAUCUCCCAAGAAACAGAAUUCAGAAGACAUUUUGGAAUGAAAGAAAAUAAGGAUUUGCGAUACACAGUCGAAUUUUCAAGAAAUUCAAGUCAGGUUGUCAUGGGUUACGACACCGAAGAUGACAUGAAAGACAAGUACGCGACUACCUACAAGAAUUACAUUCAUGAAUCUGCCAAUUCUAUCCAGCACAGCAUUGAGAAAGCAAAACAAGAACGAAAUCGACGUGAUGCAACCACAGAAUUCAUGAGAAAGAGUUCCGUAGAGCUUGGCACUGAAAAGAACCCUCUUCUUUCAACCACCCAAAUUGACUUUAGACCUGUGAAAUUUUAG